AUCCACUAUGAGCCGAGCAACGGUCGAGCAGGCGCUCAUAGGUCUUAUCCCCACCCUCAAUGGUCCCCUACCACCAGAGCUCGUUGAACUCGCUGCAUCUCUCCUCGCGCGAUCCCGGAGCGUCGCCCACAGUCUGAAGCAGGACGAGGAGAUCGCGCGGCCGUACGCAUGUGCUCAGUUAGCUUGUGAGAGUAGGCUAAAAAAGCCCCUCAAUCUCCCCACCAUCAUAUCCCGCCCUCCAUGCCCUCCACGCAUCUACAAGAAGCUGUACAAGUACCUCGAAACCGCCUUACCGGAAUCUACUUCGCACGCACCCGAGACGCCUCGAAAAGGUGCUGCCGCCCAAGUUCCGGCAUCGGCUCGGACUACACCUAAGACACCGCUAAGUGCUCGGAGGACUCCUCGAAGCAUGAAUAAGGAUAGUGCGGGUAAUCUGGAGCCCCCGGAAUGGACAAUGCCGACGAUUCGCAGCUUAUUGAAGGUUUUCUCAAACCCUGCCGCGGCACCGCAUGUAUACACUGGUGUUGAGUCCACAUUGCCGCUUCUAGCCCGAAUGGCCGCGGCCGCGGUAGCACCAGAAACACCUAGUAAACGGCCACGUCGGUCUACAACCAUUGCUGCCACCUCUAUUCCAGACCUAUCUGAUACACGUGUCCUCGCACUCAUUGCCGUCAUGCUGUUGUAUGUCCUGUCGCGCCUAAGUCCGCAAGAGAUCACACCAGAACAGUUCGACGAGUGGCGAGAAAAAGCCGUGUCCACGCUAUUGAAAUCUAAGGCUGGAAAAAGUGCCUCGGAAGAAGGUCUUCUCGCCGACAUUGAAGAGCUGAUGCCCAUGGCGCAAGAAGAAGGUUGGCUACGCAUGGAGUGGUUUCUCAACGUCGCUCUUCCCGAAGAUAUGGAUGUAAUGGAGGGGAUUGAAAUGACGAAUGGCAAAAGCCGUACCGUCGGCGGACGAGAUCGAAGCCUGAGAGAUGGCGGGAGUGAGUACAUAGGCCUUGGCACCAUGAUACAAGACGCCACGGACUACUUGAGCGAACACCAACGAGCAGACUAUGAGAAAUGGAAGGCUAAGAUUAUGGCAAGGAUUGAGGAAAUCGAAGCUUCGUAA